AACCUGGAAUUAACCUAGUUUUGUAACUUAGAAAGAAAAUCAGAAAAAUUGAGGUAGAGAGGAGGUAGAGGCAGCCGCCGGCAGCCGCCAUAGGAAGGAGAAGAAAGGAUUUCAGCAGCUAGGAUCAAAGAAAGAAUUCAUCAAAACUUAAGUUAUAUAUUGCGUGCUCUCUGUAACAUGAGGUGAUUUGAAGAUGGAUGACAUACCGGGAUAUGUACGUUACUGUUUGAACACAGGGAAGCUUCUCUUUUUAGCCAUUUUGGUCUCAGGAGGAAUCGUCUUGCAAAUUCUGGCAUGUGCUUUGUAUAAUAAUUGGUGGCCGAUGCUUAGUGCUAUAACGUACGUGCUUCUUCCGAUGCCUUUGCUGUUCUUUGCUGGGUCUGAUGGUUCUUCAAUAUAUUCUGAAUCUGAUAAUAGCUGGGUGAAUUUUGCCAAGUUCUUGACCGGAGCAUCAACUCUCGGAGGCAUUGCCAUUCCGAGCAUAUUAAAACAUGCCGGGGUGAUUGGUUGGGCAGCCUUUGCAAUGGAACUGUCUUCCUUCUUUGUGUUCGUAUUAGCCAUAUUGUGUUUCCUGUGGCUGAGUGAUGAAGAUAGUUACAGUAUGCUAUGAAAAAGGAGUUCAGCAAGGAUUGCUUCAUUGAUGUAAAAAUGUAUUACAUUUGUUCAUUUUGUGUGCUAUUGCUUUUACAUUUGCUCAACAUACUCCCCCAGUUUAAAUAUUUGAUAAACCUAUACUA